GAUUUCGAGCUAGAAGGAGGCAAUGGCUUCUUCGCCUCCUGCAAUUAUUGGGACAGAGCCCACCUGGGUCCCCUACGAGCCAACCAGGGACUGCUCCCAGGGGCUGUGCAGCAUGUACUGCCCCCAGUGGUGCUACUUCAUCUUCCCUCCGCCGCCGCCCUUUGACCUCGCCGACCCCAGCCAGGACGACUCCUCCGGCCAUGUCUUCUCCCCACUUGUAAUUGCAAUCAUCGGUGUGCUAGCAACAGCCUUCCUCCUUGUCAGCUACUACACCUUCAUCUCCAAGUACUGCGGUACCUUCAGCUCCCUCAGGGGGAGAUUUUUUGGCUCCCACUCUGUUGCCGGUGCCAGAGGUGGUGGAGGCAGUGGCAGUGGUAGUGGUGGGAGCGGCCACGGACAGUCGAGGAGCCAAGAAUCAUGGAAUCUCUCGCCGCCGAGCGGGCUGGAUGAGACUCUGAUCAACAAGAUCACAGUGUGCAAGUACAGGCGCAGCGAUGGGUUCGUCCACACGACGGACUGCUCGGUCUGCCUUGGCGAGUUCCACGAUGGGGAGAGCCUUCGGCUUCUGCCGAAAUGCAGCCAUGCCUUCCACCAGCAAUGCAUUGACACAUGGCUGAAGUCGCACUCCAAUUGCCCCCUCUGCCGCUCCAACAUUACAUUUGUCGCCGUUGGUGAGGUGUUGCCGGAGCCAGAGCUCUGUCCCCCAGGCCAGAGCGGGAGAGGCACACAUGAGGUGGUUGUGGUGAUCGAAGACUUGGAAAACAUGUGUGAAGAGCAGCAGGACAGUGGUAGCGGCAGUGUUGACAGUGAUGAUCAUGAGGUGAAGGAUGGUCCGGAGGGAAUGGAGGAGGCAAAUUGCAUAGCCGAGAUCAGAGAAGAAGGCGUUCCACCAAAGAUGGGGUGUUCAUCGUCGUCAAACCUGCAGCGUGACAGCCGGAUGUCCAUUGCUGACGUGCUGCAGUCCACCAUGGAAGAUGAGCUGAUCGCAGCCAGGCAGAGUGGGCUCCUUGCAGGUGACCAUGGCACGUCAAGGCGGUGCCGCGGUGAGAACAGCCAUGGACGGAGUCGCAGCAGGCGCGCAUUGCAGGACGCCCCAGACUCAUUGCCGAUGAAGAGAUUGCCGCCCAGUGGCAGGUCUUGCUUGAGCAGCAAGAGUGGCAGGGGAAAUGAUUCAGAUCAUUCAGUGCGAGGUGGUCAGUCGUGAUGUCCUUA